UGUAACACAAAGUAUCUUCCCAACUCUCCAUAGACCUUAUUAAUACAGAUUGUCAUUUUAACUUUUGGGGUACACUUAAUAAAUGUGUAGUUUAUCCAGUAUAUAUGUGUAUAUUUUAAACUGCCACUCUUCACAUACACACAACAUAACUGUUGGGCGUAACCUAAAACAUUUAAUCUGACAUCUACAAGUAAAUCCAGAGUUUUACAUUUACUAACAUGAGCAAACAUAUCUGUGGAGGUCUGCUUAUACAGCUCCUCAAUGGCAAUUAUAAUGAGCCAUUUUAAUUCAUUAUGACACUGAGAUAUUUAAAGCAAUAUAAAAACUUAAAUUUUCUCCAUUUCAUUUUGCUAAUAUCAACUUUUCUACAACUGAAAACUAAAACUUGAGUUAUAUAACUGUUGGCCAUCAACGUCCAUUUCUCACAUAAGCCACGUGUUUUAUUUCUUCACCUGCUGGUUUGCGUAAAUUCAAAGUGAUUGGCUGUCCCAGAUAUUUAUAUUCUGUAUCAGAUAAAUAUGGGAACAGCACAGGUGUAACAGCUCUUAUGAUGUAAUCACAAGUACACUACCUUACACAUGGAUAUCUUUUUAUGUAUUCAAAACUCAAUAUUUACUUGGUUCUGAUGGUAAAAUCACACUGUUGUGAGUUAGUUUAUAUUAGAUCUCUGAGGUUUUUCCCAAAUCAUUUUAGUGCCAAGAGCAUCUUUACUUCAUCACAAGGCAAAAUUCAAAGGUGAACACUUUAGUGUUAUGAUCAGCUGAUCCUUGUCGAGCAUUAAAAACUCAAAAAAUAAAUAAAUAGAAUAAAUAAAAAAUAAAAAUUCUUCUUGGCACUUUUUGGUAGUGCAAUGAGAAAAGAUAUAUUCAUUCCUUAACUUAGUUUUGUUUUAAACAACACCAAUCUGUUUUUACCUCACAGGGUCUUUAUUGGGAUGGAAGGAGAAUGAAUGGAUUAGACCUUAUAUAUUAUUUGAAUAAGUUGUAGGUUAUAUGUGACAUCUCCAGGUGUGCUGGUCUUUUUUGGCUUAUUUUCAGAUACUGUGUGGCAGUGUGCAACUGAAUAUGUUUGUCAAGUACACUUGGCCAAUACUAUUACAACAACAGUGCAGACACCCACUCCACAGCAUAUAAAAGAAAACAGACUGUUACUUGUCUCCUCCUGGAUCUCCAUCCCACUCACUGGCGCAUAUCAGCUCUGCUUCUGUGACACAGGGACACUAUCAUGCUCUUGUUCCUCUUCUUGUUUGGUCUGGCUCUGGCCACCGCAUCUCCUUCAGGUGACCGUGAAGUGAAGCUACAGCAGGGCGACUGUCCCAUGUUCUGGUACAGCUUCAACGGCCGCUGCUACAAGUACAUUGCCACACGUAUGACCUGGGCUGAUGCAGAGUUCCACUGUGUGUCAGAGAGUGCCAACCUGGUGUCUAUCCACAGUCUGAGUGAGAACAAUUUUGUCAAAUCCCUGAUCAAGAACUUUGACCCUGCUGUCUCACCCACCUGGAUCGGACUCAGUGACAUCCAUAAAGAAGGAAGAUGGAUGUGGUCUGAUGGAUCUGCAGUCCACUUUGUCUUUUGGGACAAAGACCAGCCAAACAAUUCAGGAAACUGUGUGCACAACAACUUGGGCAGUCAGCUGAAAUGGAAUGACACUCCUUGUUCUGAGACAUUCCCUUUUGUCUGUGUAUCUCGCACAGUUUGUCCUUAGGAUCUGAGAUGGUUAUGUCCGAUUCAACCAAUGACUUUCCACCUGUUGCUCUGUUGAAAUGCAUUGGUUCUCAACAAUAAAGAUAUAUUUCUGCAA